AUGAAAAUUGCUAGCUCAAAUAAUUCAGCGAAGGGGUUUUAUAUUCCACAUCAACCUGUAUUGAAAGAAGAACGUGAUACGACAAAGCUAAGAGUCGUAUUCGAUGCAAGCGCAAAGACAAGUACCGGACUCAGCCUAAACGACAUUCUUCACACAGGACCUAAACUACAGCAGGAUCUUAUAGAUAUUCUGAUAAAAUGGCGAAAACACAAAAUAGCAAUAACAGCUGACAUCGAUAAAAUGUAUAGGCAGGUGAAAUUGGACACAGAAAACCAGCCAUUACACUCUAUACUCUGGAGAAACACCAAAGAUGAGCCAAUUCAAACCUACGAAUUAACCACCGUAACCUACGGUACAGCACCAGCAGCUUACCUGGCCAUAAGAACAAUGAGACAACUAGCUAUAGAUGAAAAGAAAAACCACCCCCUUGCGGCUGAAAUAGUGCUACGGGAUUUCUACGUGGACGAUCUUCUGAGUGGAGCAGACACUAUUGAAGAAGCACGACAUAUACAAAAGGAAGUAACUGACCUACUCAAAAAUGGAGGAUUCAAUGUAAGAAAGUGCAAAUAUAACGUACUGACCGAAAGCAAAUCCACCGUCACGCUGGAUGACAAAAAUGGACCAACCAAGACGCUCGGUAUAACAUGGACUCCCAGAGAAGAUAAUAUUCAGUAUCUAAUAAAACGAAACUCCGAACAUCGCUCAACAAAAAGCAAGAUCUUAUCAGAAAUCGCCACAAUCUUCGAUCCUCUUGGAUUAUUAUCUCCAGUCAUUAUACAGGCGAAACUGUUAAUGAAAGAAAUAUGGAAAACCAACACAUCAUGGGAUGAAACAACACCAGAGCACAUCAGGAAUACUUGGAAAAACUUCAGAAGCGAGCUUCCAAAAUUAGAAGAAAUCCAAGUUCAACGCUGGAUUCACCUACGGCGUGGUCAACCCUUGGAAAUACAUGGAUUCUCAGAUGCAUCUCUGAAAGCAUAUGGCGCUGUAGUAUACAUAAAAACAACAGACACAAAUGGGAACACCCACGUGGGACUCCUCGCUUCCGAAUCAAAAGUAUCACCACUAAAAAAUACAAAGACAAUCCCGCAGUUAGAACUCUGCGCAGCCCUUCUUCUAGCCAAACUCAUCAAACGCUGCGUUACGGCCCUGAAUCACAACAAUUCAAAAAUAUUCACCUGGUCCGACUCUCAAAUAGUAAUAUCAUGGAUAAACGCUGACGCUGGAAAGUGGAAAAUGUUCGUCGCAAACAGAGUUCGAGAAAUCCCUAACCUGCUAGGUCAAGGUCACUGGUACUACUACCGUUGGAAACAAUAUCACUUGCAUUCAGCGAUAAACUCCAGCACGAACAUCGUAAUAAUCAUUGUCAUUGUUUUACUUAUUGUUUACUUUUUAAAAUAUAGGAAACAACAACAAGCACCGACUGAUGCACGCGCGAGCAAUAGACCAGUUCAUCCUGAGGAGAUCGAGCUGCAGCCAAUAUACAAUGACUCCAGACCAGGCAGCCAGCUCCACGGAUGA